AGCUUCUUGUAUCAACAACCGAAACAGCAUCAUCAUGGCCGCAGACAAAGUUAUCAUUCUGACCGGAGCAUCACGAGGCAUUGGUCUUGCUAUUGCGCACUAUCUGCUUAAACAAUCAUGUCGCGUGGUGACUGUCGCAAGAAGCAGACAGCCCAUGGACAGCCUGAGCAAGCAAUACCCCGGACAGGUCGAAGUGCUCGCUGGUGAUCUUUCAGACCUUUCACUCGGACAAAAGGCAGCAGAUCUCGCCAAGUCAAAGUGGAACCGUCUGGACGGUGUGAUUGUCAACCACGGCAUCCUCGACCCUGUCAAGAGAGUCGCCAACGUUGAGGCAGAAGAGUGGAGAAACUUGUUCGAUGUGAAUGUCUUCUCAGCCAUCGCCUUGGUCAAGGCAAGUUUGCCAGCACUCCGCGAGUCUAAGGGCAACAUCAUCCUCUGCUCUUCAGGCGCUGCCGCCGGUGCCUACUCCACAUGGGGAGCGUAUGGUGCGUCCAAGGCUGUGUUGAACCACCUUGCUAUGACUCUUGCUGUCGAAGAACCUGAUGUGACCACCCUCUCUAUCCGCCCUGGUGUCGUGGACACAGACAUGCAAGUCUCUAUCCGUGAGACCCACAACACCAGCAUGGAUGCAAAGGAUGCCGCCAAGUUCAAGGAACUGAAGGAGACUGGAGGUCUGCUCAAGCCUGAGCAGCCCGGUCAUGUCAUGGCCAAAUUGGCAUUGGAUGCGCCUAAGGACUUGAACGGCAAGUUCUUGAGUUGGAACGACGAGAAGCUCGCAGCUUUCCAGGAAUGAUGGGCUGGAGGACUAUCUAGACUUUUUGAUUCGUUAGCCGAAUGUACUUCAAAGAGACUUUCAGUAGUGAAGGUGGAUUAAAGAAGUGCAGUCAGUUGAAAGAUGAAAAGCAAUACAUUUUGAUCACCAUAAGGCUUAAGCCUUCAGGUUUAGCAUGGA